AUGGACAGAUUUGUUUUUACAACGUGCCUGUCUGUAGCCGUGGCUCUUCUCUAUAGCUACAGAUCUACAGAACACCGUGCCAAACCUAUAACACUGAAUGACACAUAUGACUACAUCAUAGUUGGAGCGGGAUCAUCAGGGUCGGUGGUUGCAGGACGUUUAACAGAAGAUCCGACUAAUCACGUGCUUUUGGUGGAAGCGGGGGGAUCUGACGAUGAGUCACCCCACAUCCUGGUCCCGGGGGAAGCCAUGCUACUUCUAGAAUCAGAACAGGACUGGGGAUAUCGCACUGAGCCACAAAAACAUGCAUGUUUCGCUCAAAAACAACAGAAGAGUUACUGGCCACGAGGAAAAGUUCUCGGCGGAAGCAGUUCUCUCAAUUGGUUAUCGUUCGUUAGAGGAAAUCCUCAUGACUAUGACAGCUGGGCGGAGGAGGGGUGUGAAGGUUGGAGCUACAAAGAUGUCCUGCCGUAUUUUAUCAAAUCGGAGGCUGUUCAGGUAGAUGAAUACAAGUCAGACUACAGAGGAACGAAUGGACCUAUACCCAUCAGUCGUUCCGAUUUAACACCGAUUCAGCAGUUGUAUCUGAAGGCUGGUAGGGACCUCGGCUAUAACACUGUAGACUGUAACGGAGAAGACCAAAUCGGAUUUUCCUGGAUGCAGUCAAAUAUAAAAAAUGGCGAGCGCUGGAACAAUUACAGAUCAUUUGUGAAGAGCAAUAUUGAUCGUCCAAACCUGCACGUCAGCACUAACACCUUUACAACCAAAAUAUUGAUAGACAAGAAGAAAGCCAUAGGGAUAGAAUACAUAAAAAAUGGUCGAAAGUAUCAGUCAUUGGCCCGGAAGGAGGUGAUUCUGUCUGCAGGAGCCGUCAAUUCUCCUCAGCUACUGAUGCUGUCGGGUGUUGGACCAAAGGAACAUUUGGAGGAGUUAGGGAUAAAAGUGGAGGCUGAUUUACCAGUAGGGAACAAUCUCCAGGAUCAUUUGUUGGCACCUUUGACGUUUCCUGUCAAUGUUACCAGUCCUAUAACUCUCGAAAAACUGACCUCACGCUGGACACGAAUGCAGUACGACAUUUUUGGAAAAGGCUACCUCUCCGGUACAUUCGGUGAAGGCGUAGCUUUCGUUUAUGACGACUUCGACUUAAAGAAGGAUGCCGGCAGGACGUCUGACAUACAGCUUCAUUUCUUCAGUGCACAUAUCUUCCCGCCUAGCAUGAAAGGACUUGUGAACUUUAAUUUCAAAAAGGAGAUUGACGAUAAAAUUUUCCUGAUGCCUGAGGACGUUCUGUCAGUUUCAUUUUUCCCUAUACUUCUCCACCCUAAAAGUAGAGGGACCAUUCGGCUGAAGACCACUGACCCAUUUGACUACCCAGAAAUCGACCCACAUUACCUGGAGCACCCAGACGACGUGAAGAUGUUAAUUCGUGGUAUACGCUUUGUGGAGAAACUCGUAGGCACUCAAACGAUGAGAUCCAUUGGAAUAGACGUCAACUACAAGUCUCCUCUCUAUCACCUCUGCUCUCAACACGAGUUUCGCUCUGACAGUUUCUGGGAAUGUUAUGCAAGGCAAUACACGUUGACUGUCUUCCAUCCAACAUCGGGGUGUAGAAUGGGAGCAAUGUCAGACAAGACAGCUGUUGUGGACUCAAACCUAAGAGUGAAAGGUAUAUCCGGUCUUCGUGUGGUUGACGCUUCAGUUAUGAGAAAUGUUCCUGCAGGCAAUACAAACGCUCCGGCGACAAUGAUUGGGGAGAAAGCUGCAGAUAUAAUAUUAAGGCAAACACUUACGUACGUUGGUGAGACGGUACCCGGACCGGGAGGAGUCACGGAGACGUUCAUCGAUGAGACGGUCCCCGGAUACGGGAGGAGUCACGGAGACGUUAAUCGGCGAGACGUUACCCAGACACGGGAGGAGUCACAGAGACGUUCAUCGGUGAGACGGUACUCGGACAAGGGAGGAGUCACGGAGACGUUCGUCGGUGAGACGGUACCAGGAUACGGGAUGAGUCACGGAGACAUUCGUCGGUGUAGACGGUACUCGGACACGGGAGAAGUCACGGAGACGUUCGUCGGUGAGACGAUACCAGGAUACGGAAAGAGUCACGGAGACGUUCAUCGCUUCGUGUCCUACACACCAGAUAAUUGUUCCGGUCUAUCACACAGCUUCGUGACCUACACGCCAGAUAAUUGUGCCGGUCUAUCACACAGCUUCGUGUCCUACACACCAGAUAAUUGUGCCGGUCUAUCACACAGCUUCGUGACCUACACGCCAGAUAAUUGUGCCGGUCUAUCGCACAGCUUCGUGACCUACACGCCAGAUAAUUGUGCCGGUCUAUCGCACAGCUUCGUGUCCAACACACCAGAUAAUUGUGCCGGUCUAUCACACAGCUUCGUGUCCUACACACCAGAUAAUUGUGCCGGUCUAUCACACAGCUUCGUGACCUACACACCAGAUAAUUGUGCCGGUCUAUCACACAGCUUCGUGACCUACACACCAGAUAAUUGUGCCGGUCUAUCACACAGCUUCGUGACCUACACACCAGAUAAUUGUGCCGGUCUAUCACACAGCUUCGUGUCUUACACAUUAGAUAAUUGUGCCGUAUUGGUUUGGGGUGAUAAUUAUGGUGGUGGAAGUGUACUAGUUUGGGGUUAUGAUUGUGGUGGUGGAAGUGUAUUGGUUGGAGGUGAUAAUUUUGGUGGUGGAAGUGUAUUGGUUGGAGGUGAUAAUUGUGGUGGUGGAAGUGUACUAGUUUGGGGUGAUAACUGUGGUGGUGGACGUAUAUUGGUUUGGGGUGAUAAUUAUGGUGGUGGAAGUGUACUGGUUUGGGGUGAUAAUUGUGGUGGUGGACGUAUAUUGGUUUGGGGUGAUAAUUGUGGUGGUGGAUGUGUACUAGUUUGGGGUUAUGAUUGUGGUGGUGGAAGUGUACUAGUUUCGGGUGAUAAUUGUGGUGGUGGAAGUGUAUUGGUUGGAGGUGGUGGUGGAAGUGUAAGGUUAAUUGUGGUGGUGGAAGUGUAUUGUUUGGAGGUGAUAAUUGUGGUGGUGGAAGUGUACUAG